AUGGAUGAGGACUUUGGAAGCCCGAUGUCGCCAGCUGAGGCGGAGGAAGGUGUUGCCUUUGCAGAGGAAGUCGUGCAGCUGGACGACACUUCCUUUGACGCGGAGAUGAAGGGCAAGCAUGCCUUUGUUCUGCUACAUGCGCCAUGGUGCCACGCGUGCAUAUCGUUCAAACCAGUGUUCAACACAGUGGCAAAGACGUGCGCGGGGCAGAAGGACAUCAUGGUGGUGGCGGUGGAUGCGACGGCCAACAGCAUGCUUGCCGAAAGGUUCGGCGUGGAGGCCUUCCCCACGAUUCUUCUUCUCAAAGCAACGGGCGAAAUAGCUCCAUACGAGGAUGAGCGGACAACAGAAGGGGUGAUAUCGUUCCUGAAUGGGCAGCUCCGGAAAAACAUUGCCGCGCUGUAA